GGCGUCGCGCGAACUAGCCAACGUCUCCCGCAAUAACCGAGCUGGGCAUCACCUCCCUCCUUCCUUUCACCCACGACGCCCAUUGCCAACGCGCCGGCUGUCUAUCUCUGUCGACGAAUCUCAGUGUCGUGCACUGACGGCGCACUACGUAUCAGUCUGUCAGUCUAUCAACAUAUGCCCCGCGGGCUGGCGCUCUACGCCCUUGUGGCGUCCAUAGGCCUCCCCCGCUCGACGUCCGUGUCUGCGUACUCCUGGUCCUUCACAAACACCCCGCAGCAAUGCCAGAACAUAUCACUGUCACUGACUGGCUCGGGAACAGGGCCGUACUCUGUGUUGGUCAUUCCGUUUGGCCCGUCACCGCUCGCGAACAAUACAGAGGUCCGAAGGAUAUUUGAGGUGCAGUUCAGUGGGACGGAGACGAGUUUUCAAUUGGCGUACCCGGAGGAUUCGCAGUUUGUCGCAGUGGUGAGCGAUAGCACGGGCUUCGGCUCGGGCGGGACGAGUGUAGCUGCGACAGUACAGUCAAGUAGCGAUUCAAGCUGCUACAACCCCGCGCAAGAGGUGUCACCAGAAUUCGCGUUCAGUAUCGUGCCCGCGAACCAGAUCGUGGAGUGUUCGCCGACAAGGAUAUGGUGGGAUCCUGCAAAUGUGCAAGGGACACCAAGCUUCCAAGGCAUCAUUCCGGGCGGGCAGUCCUUCUCCAUCCCGGAGUCAAGCUUCUCCACCGUAGCCGAACAGGGUUAUGGCUUCACCUGGACGCCGUCCGUGCGCAUCGGAACGACCGUCCUGCUUGUCGGUGGCGACAACCGUGGUGCGGGCACAGGCGGGUCUGGCCUCUAUAUCGUCUCGCAGGGGCCCUCACAAGACUGCUUAAAUACAAACUCGCCGAGCUCGACGCCCGGCAGCCCUGCGGGAGGUAGCUACCCCACCAGUACAAACGGCGCAGGAACGGGCGGGACUGGAUCGGGCUCUUCCAGCGGCCACAGCAACACCGGCGCAAUCGUCGGCGGGGUAGUCGGCGGAGUCGUCGGGUUCCUCCUCGCACUCGCCCUCGUCGGGCUUCUCCUCUGGCGCCGGCGGCGCAACCAGCCCAAAGCGCGCCGCGUCGACCUGCUCCAAGCCAACUCGGACGAAGAUGGGGUCGGGGUCGGGGUCGGGGUCGGCGGCGGCGAUCAGCUCCCGCGGUACUACGAGCCCGAGCCGUUCCUCCUGCCCGAGCCCGAGCCCUCCGUCACGACACAGCAGAUGUCCGAGUUCGGCGGCGGGCGCAGGGCGAGCGGGAGCACCGCGGGCUUCCUCGCGGCGGGCGCGGGCAGGCCCGGGACGCCCUCGUCGACGACGCGCACGGGCAAGAGUGCGGCGCAGCCGAGCUUGAGGCCGGUGAAUAUCGUGCAGCACGAGGACGCGGGUCCGCCGCCGGGCGAGGACGACGAGGACGAGGAGCCGGAGACGGUCGAGCUCCCGCCGGCGUACACGAACUUGAAGAACGCGUCACGGCCCAGGGAGGAGGGCGCCACGCACGAGGAGUCCCCGCCGCCGGUGGAGGCGUAAAACCGGUGAGGGGUUGGCGGGUUGGUGUGGACUGGACUGGCGCUUACUGUAUCAUCGUUGCCUUUGUGCGCCGAUAUCCUAAUGGCUUCUCGCAUCGCGCGUCAUUUCCGUUUCUUGCAUUGCGUUUAUGAACCGGAUGGAAUGGAACGCUCUGGUGCAUGCCUACUUAUAUACCUUCGUUUUCUGCGCGUCUCCUGAGCCCGACUCGAGGACUGUCUUUUACGUGCUGUUGUUUGCGUCUCCGCGUCUUAUAUCUUGGUAUUAUUCCCUCGUUCGCAGGUACUGCCUGCCAAUUUGCGUUGUAUUGCUAGCUUGUUGGAAUGAAUGACAAGCGACGAUCAUGCAUACUA